AACUGACGCGUGUAUCUCACGCUCCACAUGUCCGUUCCCUUAACGCUCAAGCCUUCUCGUUGACCCCUUUACCAUGUUCAUACAUAUACCAAAAUAUCUGCACCCCAAAUUUUCACUCUAAAUUCAGAAAACCCUAAUAAUGACCCCUAAAUUAUCUUCAAUUCUCCUGGUUAGUCAAUGAUCAAUUUCAUUAAUUCGCUCUAAAUUGAAGAAAGUUUAUGGAUUUAUGGGUAAUCAGGGCGAAGAAAUGUCAUUGACAAUCUACAAAAGUUCAAAUUUUACCGGAGGUUGUUUAGAAAUCCGAUUAUUCUACGUACGGAUCACGCCAUGUUCUGUAGAAGCCGUACCGGACCACCUCGUACUCCGCCACCUCCGGCGCGAGAUGGGAGUGUCGUUAGAGAUCAACGGCUCUCGUGUUCCCGCCACCGACACCGCGUUCGUCACCCUCCGUCGCGAUCGCGUCGACAAGGAGUCCUCCGAGGUGACGUACGUGAGCACCGACAGCGUUAGGGUUUCGGACCCGGUGGAAUUUGAGGUAUACGAAAGUGAAAGGGAUUUAAUACUUUGUGGAUCGUUGGAGAGAGUGGAGACGGGUUGGGCUAAUGGUAAUGGGAUCGAGAAUAAUUCGAGGACUGGUUGGAGCAUGGAUUGUUAUACAGCUGCGUCAUUUGGGAAUGAAGGAUCGGCUUUUGUUCAGCCUAAGUUUGGGGUUUAUUCGCCGUCAAUUGAGGUUUAUAUAGCGGGUUGUUGUUCGGGUGUACCUGUGAUUUUAACUAAGACAAUUCAGGUUAGCCCGAGAAGGAAGGUACCUAGGCAGGGGAUGUUGGACGCAAUUCCUGAGGAUGGGGAGGUUGAGAAGGAGCAUGGGGGCUCAAAUGGAUUCAUUCGACAGAGAAACCUACCGAUCACAGAAACAGACGUGGACGAUUACGAGUCUGAAGUGAAAGCUGAAUAUGGAUUCUAUUCAGAAGACAUGUACCAUGGUGAAGAUGGUCAACUCUCCUGGUUCAACGCAGGAGUGAGGGUUGGUGUUGGGAUAGGCCUUGGGAUGUGUGUUGGUGUCGGCAUUGGGGUGGGACUACUUAUGCGUUCUUAUCAGGCAACCACUAGAAAUCUCAGGAGGAGGUUUUUCUAGGCUUAACACUUUUUAUGAUAGAAGUGAAAUGGUUUUCUUGACUUGGAUUUUGGAAUUGGGAAGCUGGACCUUUUAUGGCCAUUAAGAUAGUUUGGCAUAUUAGUGCAGAGGCAACAGAGAAGCACCUAGUGCUGCAGCUGAAGAGUGGUAACGUAAUUAUCAGGUGGGAGGCUGUAAUGCACUUCCUAUCCAUAUACAAAAGCUGCAGUAGACUUCCGUCCAAGGCUCAUCGCCGCGAGUCAUGAGUGAUGGUAUUCUGUGGAUAUAGCUGUACUCAAACCCCAGUGCAGAAGACUUUGUCAAGGUGUAGUGAGGCUAUAUGCUGUAUUUAGAACUGAAUAUCUCGUUUAUAUCUUUUUUUUUCUUCCAGUUAAGUCGUUUUCUCCUGUUAGUUAAAUGCCUUAGUCUAGGUGCUGGUGUGUGCUGAAGGCUUUUGUUUAGGCAACCUUUGAAGAGUUGACAUUUGUCAUACAAUUUUGAUAGUUGGAACUUGGAAUAGGUGGCUUGGUGUAACAAAUUUGGUUUGUAUAGGUACUCGGGGAAAUUCUAUUGUAAUAGGAAUCCAAUAAAUUGUAAAUGAUUUUGCUUUCAUAAUUUCACUAGGAGCUAUAAUGUAUGAACGUGCGAUAUGUCUUAA